AGAGAAAAAAUGGGGUCUUUUUCUCUAUGGCAUUUUUUCUUCCUUGCUUGUGUGGUUUUGGAAGGCAUCAACGGUCAAGUUAACGGCUGGCUUAACGCCCAUGCAACCUUUUAUGGAGCCAAUCAAAACCCGACCACUCUUGGUGGAGCUUGUGGUUAUGAUAGCACCUACGACGCCGGGUUUGGCGAGAACACAGCAGCUGUGAGCGGUACGCUUUUCAGAGGCGGUGAGGCAUGUGGUGGUUGCUACCAAGUGAUGUGCAACUACAGGCUUGACCCAAAGUGGUGCCUUCCGCGCCGCGUCAUAACCAUCACGGCCACAAAUUUCUGCCCUCCUAACAAUGUUGGAGGGUGGUGCGAUCCCCCUCGCUACCACUUUGACAUGUCUCAGCCUGCUUUCUUACGCCUUGCUCGACAAGGCAACGAAGGCGUUGUUCCUGUACUAUACAGAAGGGUGUCUUGCAAAAGGAGAGGAGGAGUCCGUUUCACUUUGAAGGGGCAAUCGAAUUUUAAUAUGGUGAUGAUCUCUAACGUCGGUGGUAGUGGUGACGCGAAGGCUGUAUGGAUAACGGGCUCCACGACAAGAGCAUGGGUUCCCAUGCAUAGGAAUUGGGGCGCAAACUGGCAAAGCAGCCUUGACGUUCGAGGCCAAAGCCUGUCUUUUAAGAUCACUUUGGUCGAUGGAAAAACCACUGAAUUUUUCAAUGUUGUUCCUUCCACCUGGAGGUUUGGCCAGACAUUUUCUUCCCAAAAUCAGUUCUCUUAGAACAAAGUCCUUUUUGAUAGUUCAAGGACAUUUUUAUUACAAUAUUCUUUUUGUGAAAUG